AUGCCAUGCCGCGUCCAUACUAACCCACCACAGCAAAGUUAGUGCAGGAUCCUUGCGAUUGCGGCGUGAUGCGUGCAUAGAACACGAGCUGACACCCCGCGCCUCGGGUCUAUACUUCUAGAACGACUACUCUGUUAGUUGUCAGGUACUAAAACCAACAACUUUUCGGUUGAAAGGUAGUCUGACCUGCAUUUGAACAGUACGCGAAACGGGCCGUCUUUACUACCGCAACGAUGAGUUCACUGGGUGCCUGGCAGUUCACGCCACUCAUGACCGAGUUUCCUACCAAUGUGUUGCCGAACCUAGGAUUCUGGAGUGCGACGAAUGGGUCUUGGGAAUACCAGAUUCAGCUGGCAUGGCCGCUGAACUGGACCUCACAGGAGGAGACGUCGACUGUGGAGACAAUGUAUGUCCUCGAUGGCAAUGCUCUCGGUAUGACUGCCACAGAAGCCUUCCGCCGCCGCCGCCCCGUCGAGUUCAACAUGCCCGACUGCAUUGUCGUCAGCAUAGGCUACCCGGAGACCAUCGAAGAUUCACCAUACAGCACGCAGCGGAGCUACGACUUCCAGCCUCCAGUCUGCGAUGGCUGCCCCUUACCUGCAGUGCCUGGUGUGCAGUCCAAUGCGAAUGAGUUCAUCGAGUUCAUCGACAGUGCUCUCCGGCCAUGGGUUCAGGAGACGGCUUUCCCAAAAGCUGAGUUUGACCGCGAUGCGCUCUACGGCCACUCCUUCGGUGGCCUCUUCGUCCUGUAUGCUCUCACGGUACGGCCUGAUCUCUUUGACACAUUCCUCAGCGCUUCUCCGGCCCUCUUCUUCAACAACGAUUACGUCUUCAACAACACGGACUUCCUCGCACCGCUGGUCUCGCCUUCCGCCAACGACACAGCCAAUGCGACCAAGCCUGCUUUCCAGAUAAGCUAUGGCGCGCUCGAACAGAACCUGGUGAAGCGACGGACGGAGACGGACGAGGAGUUUGCGUUCAGGCAGAGCAUCCUCGUGCCGCAGCGCAUGACGGAUCUGAGCCAAAAGCUGUACAGCACGCUGGAGGACAGCCCGGCGUUGAGGGAUAUCAGUAUACACGAGUACCCUUUCAGUGACCAUGCGGCAGUAGGCGCGGCAGCCCUGGCGGACGGCAUCGACUAUUUCCUGGACUGGUGAUUGCGAGGGGUUUUAUCGGAGAAGGGAGGGGAGGGAGGGGGAGGGGGAGGGGAAGCCGCGGUGGUGACAUUUGCCAUUCCAUGUUAACGUGUCCAUGUACCUAAGUUCCGCGUUACCCGGGCGCGACGGGGCAGCUGGGGAAGGGUUGUCGCAUCGUGUGCGCUAUAGAUUGACGGAUGGAUGCGCUGAGAGUGACGAAUGGAUGCGCUGCCGGACUACCUGCCGCUUUG